AUGGCGUCCCUGACGCAGAACCAGGGCGGCUUCGCCGGAAACAUCUUCGACGAGAUCUCCCAGGUCAACCGAGGCAUCGACACGAUUGACCAGAACCUUAACCAGCUCAAGAUGCUCCAGCAAAGGUCUCUUGAUGAGGCAGACAGCUCCGGAUCGAGCAACACCAGCCGCCAGCUCAACGACCUCAGCGCAGACACCAUGGCACAGUACCGCACGCUCACCGACCAGGUUCGGCAGAUCAAGAGCAAUCGCGAAGCUCAGCAGCCAAAGUACCGUGCCCAAGUCGGCAACGUGGACCGCCGCCUGAAGCAGGCUAUCCAGGCUUAUCAGCAGGUGGAAUCGCAAUACCGCAAGCGUACCCAGGAUCAGAUGGCUCGUCAGUACCGUAUCGUCCGCCCGGAUGCCAGCGAGGACGAGGUCCGCGCGGCCGUCGAGGACCAGACUGGUGGUCAAGUCUUCCAGCAGGCUCUUAUGCAGAGCAACCGUCGUGGGCAGGCCCAAGCCGUCCUCAGUGCCGUCCAGGACCGCCAUGCGCAGCUGCAGAAGAUUGAGCAGCAGCUCAUGGAGCUCGCCCAGCUCUUCCAGGAUCUCGACACUCUUGUCAUCCAGCAGGAUGUUGCCGUCAUGAACAUUGAGCAGAAGGCCGAGGAGACGGUGGAGAAUCUGGACAAGGGCAACGAAGAAGUCGGGACGGCCAUCAAGUCUGCCCGUGGUGCGCGCAAGAAGAAGUGGAUCUGCUUUGGCAUCGUUGUGACCAUCAUUGUCAUCAUUGCCAUUGCUGUUGCCAUCUAUGUCGUCACCAACCAGAAGAAGUCGGCCCCUGCCAAGCGCUGGCUGGUGGACGACGUUGUCUUUGCGCGCGCAGCCGAGUCUGGACUUGUCGCGAGCCGAUCCUUUGCCAAGUCGGUCCUGGAGGAGCACAAGCGCAGCAUCGAGAACCUGGAUAUCGGGGCCAUUGCAAAGCGGAUCCCCCGGGCAUUUGGCGACAAAUGA